AUGUGUAGGAAUGUCAAUGGCAUUCGCAAUCCCUUCUCUUACCCGCCAUGGAAUGUCUCGCGAACUUUCAGCGCCAUGUUCGAUAUCCUCGAGUCCGACAUCGUCGUCAUGCAAGAGCUCAAGAUACAGCGCAAGGACCUACGCGACGACAUGGUUCUGGUCGAUGGCUGGGACUGCUACUUCAGUCUACCGAAACACAAGAAAGGCUACAGCGGCGUGGGCAUCUACACGCGUAAUGCCACAUGCGCGCCCAUCAGAGCGGAGGAAGGUGUGCUUGGAGUCCUUCCCAGCGCGAACGGCACGCCUUAUCGCGACCUGCCUGAUGAGGACAGCAUUGGAGGAUAUCUCACGUCGGUCCAGAUGGCAGAUAUCGCUGAGAUAGGAGGGGAGGAUCCAGCGGGCUUGGAUGCUGAAGGACGAUGUGUGGUUGUUGAGUUCCCAGCAUUCGUGCUCUUUGGCGUCUAUUCUCCUGCGAACAGCAAUGGGCUGAGAGAUGGCUUCCGGCAUGGAUUUGUGUGUGCUCUAGACCAUCGCAUACGAAACCUCAUCAAAGCUGGCAAGAAUGUCAUCUUGGUCGGAGACUUGAAUGUGACUAGACACGAAAUCGACUCUGGUCCAACUCUCGAAGAGAUGAGAAAGGGCUUGAUCACACACGAAGACUUCAUAUCGGGUCCGAAUCGGCGGAUUUUCAAUCAACAACUCAUCGACGGGGAAGUGGUUGGUGAGCGAGACGAAGGACGAGAGAAAGGCGUAUUCUGGGACACCACACGCAUCUUCCAUCCCGACCGGAAAGGCAUGUACACUCAUUGGGAUACAAAAGUCAACGCGCGACCUGGCAACUUUGGCAGUCGGAUUGACUUCGUGCUGGUAUCAGAGGCUUUGCGAUCGUGGGUGAAGUAUGGCAACAUUCAAGAAGGAUUGCUGGGCUCCGAUCACUGCCCUGUGUAUAUUGACUUUGAGAAUGAGGUGACUGUGAAUGAUGGCAAGAUAGCAUUACUGGACAUCAUGAACCCCCCUGCAGUGUUUGUUGGUGGCGAGAGGAAGCAAGAAUGGACGAUAGCAUCGACGCCAGGCUUCUCUGCCAAGAGAAUGCCAGAGUUCGACAAGCGAAGAACGAUCAAGUCGAUGUUUGCGGCGCCAGCUUUGAAGAAGUCUCAGCAGCCCACUCCUCCAGGGUCAGUUGCGCAGGCAGAUGACAGUCAACCAGCUGUCGAGACGGAAGGUUCUACUGCACCUGCGAAACGCAAGAUAUCCGUUUCUACAACGCCGAAGGAGUAUCCCUUCAAGAAGCAGAAGUCGGACAUCAAGACUGCUCCAACCAAAGGCCAACAAAGCUUGAAGGGCUUCUUUCAAGCGAAGAGUGUCCCAAUCACGGCCGCAGCACAAUCCGCAGAGAAAGACUUGAAGAAUGAAACCGAGGACACUGACAGUACAGCGCCGAAUACAGGAGGCGUAGAGUCCAAUGAAGAUAGUGAGACCACAGAACCACCACGAACGCCGUCAGCUUCACAAAUUACAGCCGACACAGAUCCAUCACCUCGCAAAUUUGCCUCCAAGCUCGCUUCCGCUGAAAAGUCUCAGCAUCAAUGGGGCGCGCUCUUCUCGAGGCCCGUGGCACCGCUAUGCGAAGGUCAUCAUGAGCCUUGCAAGACAAUGCUGACUAAGAAGAAAGGCAGUAACCAGGGCAGGAGUUUUUGGAUGUGUGCGAGACCGCUUGGACCGAGCGGAGAGAAAGAGCGAGGAACGCAAUGGAGAUGUGGUACUUUUAUCUGGUCUUCGGACUGGCAGGCUGGCAAAGGGAAGGGAGUUGGGGCGGCGACUGGACAGGGAGCAGGAAGUCCUGUGAAGAGCACGAGAACUGCGAUUUGA